AUGCAGCUCCCUUUCCCUCUUAUCAAGGCUACAUUGAUCUUUGUGCUUUUUGUUUUUGUUGGGACCAUUAUUAUGUAUUUUGGCAUUUUCAGGGACUCAUCCAUAUCAACGGCAUCUGAUGCUUUAGAGAAUUCACCUCAAAGAGGCUCUUCGGUAUCUCCUGCGACCCUGCUUAUGCCAAAGUCCAAAGAAUCAACAGGUGCAUCUACAGAGCUCAUACAGGAUAAUUCGACGGAAAUAGCUAUUCCCGUGUUUCCCCAAGCAGUUAAUUUCUUGAGCACAAAUUUUAGGAAAUACUGGUGUAAGAUCACCAUCGCCUCAGCUUUUUGGAGUUUAAAAAUAUAUGCACCACCAACAUUUAACCCUUCCAUUGUUGAAGCAGUUUAUUGGGCAGAUUUUGAAGAUCCCUUGGCGGAAAUGUUCUUUAAGGUCUCUAAAAUUUGUAUUCCCUUGAAAAACUUGGGCCACGCCAAGGUGACCCAUAAUGCAUUGGAUCUUGCGAUUCUAGCUUUAUUAAUAUUCAAUUUCUUUUAA